UCCAAAUAUAUCUUUGUUAGUGGCAACACUGCGUUACUGACACAGUGACACAUCGUCGAAGCCGAACUUGAAGAGAUUUUAUUAGUCCUUCAGCUGACAUUUCGUGACUUCAUCUUGGUGAUAUUGAACGUAUCUGAAGAUUUUUAAGCUUUACUGAAUAAAAUAAAUCCACCAUGUCGAAGAUUGGUAUCAAUGGUUUUGGUCGUAUUGGACGUCUUGUGCUCCGUGCCUCUAUUGAGAAAGGAGCCCAAGUUGUUGCCAUUAAUGAUCCUUUCAUUGGACUAGACUACAUGGUAUACAUGUUCAAAUAUGACUCAACUCAUGGUCGCUUCAAGGGUACUGUUGAGGCUGGUGAUGGGGUGCUCAUUGUGAAUGGAAAUAAAAUUGCAGUAUUCUCUGAGAGGGACCCCAAGGCUAUCCCUUGGGGCAAAGCUGGUGCUGAAUAUGUAGUUGAAUCUACUGGAGUAUUUACAACUAUUGAUAAGGCAUCUGCUCAUUUGGAUGGUGGAGCCAAGAAAGUUAUCAUCUCUGCUCCUAGUGCAGAUGCACCCAUGUUUGUUGUCGGUGUUAACCAUGAGACUUAUGACCCAUCCCACAAAGUCAUCUCUAAUGCCUCUUGUACCACCAACUGCCUUGCCCCCCUCGCCAAGGUCAUUCAUGACAACUUUGAAAUUGUCGAAGGUCUCAUGACUACAGUUCAUGCUACCACAGCUACACAGAAAACUGUUGAUGGACCCUCUGGUAAACUCUGGAGAGAUGGCCGUGGUGCUCAGCAAAACAUUAUCCCAGCUGCUACUGGAGCAGCUAAGGCAGUCGGAAAAGUAAUUCCUGCACUCAAUGGAAAGCUCACUGGCAUGGCAUUCAGAGUACCAGUCCCAAAUGUUUCUGUUGUUGAUUUGACUGUCCGUCUUGGCAAGCCUGCUAGUUACGAUGCAAUUAAACAAAAGGUUAAGGAAGCUGCUGAAGGUCCUUUGAAGGGAAUCCUUGGAUACACUGAAGAUCAAGUUGUGUCCACUGACUUUGUUGGUGACUCUCAUUCCUCCAUCUUUGAUGCCGCUGCUGGUAUUUCUCUGAAUGACAACUUUGUAAAGCUUAUCAGCUGGUAUGACAAUGAAUACGGAUACUCUAGCCGUGUCAUUGACCUCAUCAAGUACAUCCAAACAAGAGAUUAAACAGUUUAGUCCAGAUAUGAUUAAUAUGUCGAGAUUUAUGUUGCUUAUAUUUUAAGUUUAAGUAUAGAUGUGUUUCUUCUAAAUUUUAUUUAAAAUAAACUAUUUAGACAAGUAGUGUGUAUGUGUUAUUUAUGAUUUUGCAGUUAAAAGUUGUGUAUUGCAUUGCACUGUUGAAAUAAAUUCAAUGUAGGUGCAGAA